AUGGCGCCGCACCUCCAGGUGAAAGUGAAGCGGGGAGAGAGCAUCUGGGACCACAUCCUGCACGCACAGCCCAACCUGACAAAAGACAGCGGGAAUGGAGACGUGGCGGCUGACUCGUACCACAAGCAUAAGGAGGACGUGAAGCUGCUCGUCGGGCUCAACGCCAACUGCUACCGGUUCUCUCUGAGCUGGCCUCGUAUCCUCCCCACGGGAGACACUGACGUCAUCAACCAGGCGGGCAUAGACUACUACAACAACGUCAUCAACGAGCUGCUGGCCAACGGGAUCGAUCCCACGGCGAGUACAUCACCAGCCACCAGCUACAAACCACAAACUGCUGUGGUGAAGAUGUGGCUGACCUUCAACGAGCCCAACAUGUUCUCCAGGGGCUACUCUGGAGCGUCGUCAGCUCCCGGCGCCAACUCCUCGGGCAUCGCCGACUACCUGAUGGCCAAGACGAUCCUGGAGGCGCAUGCGCACGCCUACCGACUCUACGGCCUGAGCUUCCGCCUCAAGCAGAGGGGCAAAGUCGGCAUCACGCUGGACGGAGCCUGGUACGAGCCACUGACCAACAGUAAGGAAGACGCCGAUGCUUCGGAGCGCCAGCUGCAAUUCGAGGUGGGUCUGUGGGCGAACCCCAUCUUCUCGUCCCUGGGCAACUUCCCCGAGGUAGUGCGCCAGCGCGUGGCAGCCAACAGCACGGCUGACUUCUUCGGGCUGAACCAUUACUUUUCAUCUUUUAUAACUUCCGGGAGCAGCGGCCAGGAGCCUUCAAAAUUGCACGACGCUGGUGUCGCCACAUCCAUCAUUCUAGGGUACCCAAUCAGCUACUGGAUCACGGACGUUCCAUGGGGACUCCGUAAGCUCCUCAACUGGGUCCACGACUCCUACCCCGGUUACCCCAUCUUCGUCACGGAGAACGGCUAG